GGUCGAUGACGUAACUGUUAGAGACAGCCAAUAAGCGAAAGCUGGGAGUGUCACGUGGUCAACCAGGACGUAGAACAGGGGAAAAGCGAGUCGGUGCUGUAAACAGUGUUUGUACCACCAGCAGUCAUUCCACAGUGUUAGGUCCGGUUUAUAAGGGAAGGUGUAUCAAUGAACUCGUAUGUCGUCUUGUUUCUUUUCUCAUCUGUUCGCUUAUGUGUAACAGAAAAGUACGUUCUGGACGAUAGGCUCGGGCUGGGAAGACAGUUUGAUGGUAUAGGAGGGUUAAGUGGAGGAGGGGCUACUUCGAGACUUCUGAUCAACUAUAAAGAACCUUAUCGAAGUCAAAUACUGGAUUAUUUGUUUAAGCCUAACUUUGGCGCUUCACUACACAUUCUUAAAGUGGAAAUAGGAGGUGAUUCCCAAACCACAGAUGGCACUGAGCCUUCACACAUGCAUAACGAGACUGAUGAGGACUACUUUCGUGGUUAUGAGUGGUGGCUAAUGAAGGAGGCCAAGCAGAGGAACCCAAAUAUCACACUUAUCGGUCUGCCCUGGGCUUUUCCAGGAUGGGUUGGUAAUGGAAGCAAAUGGCCUUACAACUUUCCAGACAUUACUGCUAACUAUGUUGUGUCUUGGGUGAUUGGAGCCAAACAAUAUCACGGUCUUGAUAUUGAUUACAUAGGGAUAUGGAAUGAGCGGAGAUUUGAUUCAAAGUACAUCCAGGUGCUUCGAAACAAGUUAGACCAAGCUGAUUUACCAAACAUAGGCAUUAUCGCAGCAGAUGGGAAUUGGGACAUUUCCAAUGCCAUGCUUGUUGAUCCAUAUCUCAAUGAUGCUGUUGAAAUUAUUGGUGUUCACUACCCUGGAACCAUGACCGUCAAGGAGGCACUGUUGACGGGUAAAAAGCUUUGGUCUUCUGAAGAUUACAGCACGUUUAAUAAUGACAUCGGGGCAGGAUGCUGGGCUCGUAUUCUAAACCAGAACUAUGUCAAUGGCAGGAUGACGUCGACUAUCUCGUGGAAUCUGAUAGCAAGUUAUUAUGAAGAUCUGUCUUUUGGUCGAGACGGUUUGAUGACUGCAGAAGAGCCAUGGAGUGGGAAUUAUGUGGUGGAAACCCCAAUAUGGAUAACCGCUCACACUACUCAGUUUGCACAACCCGGCUGGACAUAUCUCCAGACCAUAGGAAACCUCACUCAUGGUGGAAGUUAUGUAGCAUUAACAGACAGCCAAGGGAACCUCACCAUCAUAAUAGAAACCAUGACUCACAAUCACUCGCAGUGCAUUCGGCCUCCGCUUCCUCCUUUCACUGUUUCACCUCAGGAAGCAACAUUUCAGCUCAAAGGCUCCUUUGCUGCAGUCAAUUGGCUCCAGCUGUGGUACUCAAAACUGGAUUUCAAUACCAAAAAAGAUGUACUAUUCAAGAAGGCUGAUCCCAUAAAGGUUUCCAAUGGAUGUUUUACCUUGAAACUGGACGUUGAUGAAAUUUACACCAUCACAACUGUCACCACUGGACAAAAAGGCCUCUAUCCCAGUCCUCCAGAUUCUGCUUCAUUCCCCAAGAAAUACUUUGAUGACUUCAAUGUCCAAAACCCUCCCUUCUCAGAGGCCCCGUAUUUUGCUGAUCAGACAGGCGUGUUUGAGUACUUCACAAACCUUACGGAUCCAGGGCCACACAACUUGACUUUACGGCAGGUGGUCAACCAGCAGCCAGUUUCGUGGGGUUAUGAUGCAGAUCAGACCAUCAGUAUCAUCGGAGACCAUGGCUGGCAAGAUGUAUCGGUCUCCUGUGACAUUUACCUUGAAACUGAGGACGGUGGCGUCUUUGUUGCAGCCAGGGUCGAUCAAAGCGGGGAAUCCGUCCGAAGAGCCAAGGGUGUAUUUUACUGGGUUUUUGCAAAUGGCACGUACAAAGUGACCAAUGAUAUAGGUGGAGAAAAAGUGCUUGCUGAAGGACUGUCAGGGACAAGACCGGGUAUAUGGCACACACUCACUCUUACAGUAAAGGGUAAUUAUGCUUUCGGAAUGCUGAACGGUUUUCCUUUAUGGAAGAAUGCUGUUGUUCUUCAGCCUAAGAAUGGAUGGGCUGCAAUCGGGACUUCCUCCUUUGAAUUUGCACAGUUUGAUAACUUUCUGGUGGAUGCAGACUGAUUUAGUUAAAUCAAAUACACAUUCACUAUGCACUCAUGCUGUCCUGUCAGAGAUAUUGUAAUUACAAGGUGAACGCAUAUCACUACCAUCACAAUGUCAUUAAUUAAACUUGGGAAAUUGUAUUUUUCUAUGAACCCCAGCUUUCCGGGCUGGGAGUGUGUAAAUGACAAAACGUCACUGUAUAGCCUUCAGUAAAAAGAUGGUGUCUAUAACAGACGGUAAGGUUUAGGUGGUAAUUUUGCACGAUCUCUGUGAGUUCUUUAUUUUCUUUCAUCGAGGCAAAAUGAACUUCUUAUUGUUGACAAUACAAAAAAUAAACAAAGACAAAAGUUUUUUCACACCGUCCACCCCCCCCAACCAAAACCACUUAAACACACACCAUGUCAUAAUCACCACCUCCGAACUUGUAUGCACAAAGUUCCAAGAAGAACUUGCAUGCUCUUCCAAUGGUCCUGUUUAGGAGUGGUUAAGCCAAUGGACUGUUAAUCCAUUGCGCUCUGCACACGUGGGUUUGAAUCCCAUCCUCGUCGGAAAAUGUGUUUUAAAUGCUGAUCACAAUUUCCUGCUUUCCUAAGUGUGCAAGUGCAUACAUUACAUGGAAGUUGAACUCCACACAAACUUGCUGUGGUUAUCUGCAUGGAUCUGAGUAGUUGUGUGUGACCAGUACUACCUAGUGCAGCUCCUGUCCCAGUACCCUAUUACCUUUCCUAUACUAGUAUUCUAUUACAGCUCCUUCAUUCCUUUUGUAGUACCCUAAUACUUCCCCUACACUAGUACUACUCCUAUACUUCUAUACAAGCAUUCUAGUACUCAUCUACUCGUUCACUCCACCUUAACUUGUGGUGCCAAUAAAUGGCGUAAUUAAAGUCAGAGAAUGUUAAUUCUGCAGGGAUUCGACUGCUAAUCCAUUGUGCUCUGUGCUCGGGGGUUCAAAUCCCAUUUUUGUCGGAAAUGAUUUAUUAAAAAUAGUAUAAUUUUUGUUCUUUGGGUCAUUGUAAAGAGAUAUAAGCUGGCAUGGCAUAAAUUUGCAACGCAUAAACCAUGCUAGGCUCAACAAGAUGAUGUAAAAUUGCAUACCUACAAAGUAUACCUCUUGGGUAGUUUUACUGGAUAAAUUUUCCUAAGUUGGAGAGACAUUUGUGUUUAAUAAUUAAUCAGGAAAAUAUUGAUUCUCUCAUUAAUAACAAAUCCUGUAGAUUAUUUUCA